CGUGUUCUCGAGUUCCAAGAUGGCGUCAUGUAGCGAUGGACAGAAACUGCGACAGAUUUCAUAUUCCGACGAACUUUUACAUCUUCCAAUCAAGCAUGAGAAUUCCAAGCUUUUGAUAACUAGGAAAAGCAAGGUGGAAAAUAGAAUUCAUUCACAGAUAUGCAAACCGUCUUCAGUGUUAAGCCGUGUUAAGGACUUCUUACCAAUAAUGAAAGAAGCAGAACUUGCACUGGAACAAGAACUCCAAGUGAAGUCUCCCACUGAAUUGGAUAUUGAAAGUAUUGAUGAUGAUGGUCCAUUUAUUGAAAUGAAUCUUGCAUUGGUGGAAACCCAGAGCGAUAGCAGCGAAGAAUCCUCAGAAGAAAAUGAUGAGGAUUUUUGUAGAGACUCCGAUGAAAUUGCAACUCAUGAAAUAGACGGUGGACAUGUUACUGAAGAAAACUUUGUCAUCACAAAACCAGUUAAAGGACAUGUUAAACCAGUUAUAGAAGAAGUGAAAAGAUUGAAACCGGAUACUACACUACUACGGCAAAAGACAGAGAAAAUUGCAACGAAAAAAACGAAAAGGAGAAGGAAAAAGAGAUGAAAAAGUUUAAAGUCGACGUGCGUGAAAUUUGAAAACUUCAACGAACAAGGAGUAAAGGAGGGGGAAGAAGAAACGAAAAGAAUGUAAAGUCAAGUCGACGCGCGCGAAAUUUGAACAUAAUUUGAUUAUGAUGUUAAUUACCUUUCCAGUGACUAUUUCUGUAAGAUUCACUGUAAAUACAGGUUCAAACUUCUUAUUCGAAAACGGCGUUUUCACCUUGAAAACACUGCAAUCGCUUUCGGCCGCACUGGGAAAACGGAUGGAAAGUUUUCUGUUUACAUUACGCCCGUUAAACUUGUAAAGGUUUGUUACCAUUGGACAACUUAUUCGGAUGAGUGUGGACAGUAGUCAGUUGUCAGUAGUCUUAAUCCGAAGAAUUAAUAUGCGUUUUUAGAAUGCGAAGUUUAGCAGACUCGACAAUAACGCUGUCGUGCUUGUUUUUCGCCUUUUACUCCCUUCCCCCUCGUGUUUCGUACACGAGUUGACACUGAAACAACAGAGCGAGAGAGGGAUGGGGGGUGAGGAUCGAUAGAAUACCACAGGGCCUUGGAGGGGGGAGUGGAUAUCAGGGAAUUUUAUAGUGAUACAAACCAAAUCCUCCAAUCACCAAGGUCUCUGCACUAAAGUGAUAAAUGAUGACUGGUCCUUAACUCACUGAAGUUUCACAAAUUUCUUAUUACUACACUUUUUUUCAACACUAAAAUUAUCAUUUUCACGAAGCUGAUUUAAUAAAAACAUUCAAACAGUU